GCCUCUGUUGCAGCUACACGGGAAUUUAAGAUGGCUAUGACUGACGGAAGUUCUCGCCAAGUGAAAUAUGUGGAUACAUGUCCAAACAUACCGGUGGCCGGGAAACUUAUACCUGUGGGAGACAGGGCAAAAUCCUGUUUACAAGAAGAAGCAAGACCCCCUACCCCACCGGUGGUGAGGAGAAUUCGCAUCAGCAACCAGUCAGAACCAGGAGAUAUCAGAGUGCACAAAGGGAAGGCAAAUGACCCAGAUGUUGCAAGCACCCUUGUUCAUGGCAUCAGCACCAAAUCUUCCCUCUCUAGCAGAAGCUUGCUAAACCCUCCUCAAAAGACCUUGUUCCAGCAUAAGUUACAAGAGCUCAGUGAAGCAGUGUACGCCUCCAACAAAAAAGCACCGUUGGGCAGGUCACAUAAUCAGCGUGUUGGACUUACUUCAUGGAAUAACGACGAAACCACGUAUGGUGUGAAAACAGUUAGAGGGUUGGAUGUGCGUGAGAUCAUUAACCCUUCCAAAACAGCAGAAGAGCUGGAGAGGGAAGCUCAGGAGGGACACGAGGCUUACAUUCGUAGCCACAAUGCCUAUUUUGUUGGUGAGCGGAUUGACAGGAAGUACGACUGGAGUCAUUACAGUAAAGAUGGCAGGUUUGGGAUCCUCACACCUCAUUUUAACGACGGCCGUGAUCUUCGCAAAACUCUCCAGUGGCUCGGGGAGACACAGAAGUUUUACAAUCCAAAGCCUGUUUGGAAAAGAUCUGGGACUAGGGAAAAGCUGGAGCUACAAAUUGGCAAAACGAACAGUGUGAGGAAAAAUACCUUAAAUGUUCCAGCAGAUCACUCCUUUGGGAUUGUCCUACCACCGGAUGAAUUUGGUGUUGGUGAUAUAAUCCACUCGACAGAGCCGGGCAAGUUCGCGAGAGGCCGAGACAGACAGCGCAGCCUGGUAAACGCAGUGCGACACCACCUCAAGAAGAUCAAUUUCUGCAACUUCCCCUCCCUGCUUCAGGCGUUUAAACAUUAUGACAAGGCAGCCAAGGGAAUGAUUGACAAAGAGGACCUGCUGGCAGUGUGCCGUCAGUUCCAGCUGGACGUGAGCAGGCCGGUUCUGGAUGACCUGAUGGACUACUGUGACAGAGACAAGGAUGGACUCAUCAACUUCCUGGAGUUUGCAAACUUCCUCAACUGGAAGGACAAGAUGCCCAUCAACAGUCGAGAGCAAUGCAUUUUGACGAAUGAGCGACAGACCAGCACGGCUCCGGCCAACAUAGAAAAGAAACUUCCAUUAGAAUCAGAGCAGCUUUCUGCCUCCCAGGCCUUGAUUAAGCCUGAUGACUUGGAGUCCAUUAAGCCAGGCAGCUCACUGAAGACCCUCAGGACCCUAAGGCGACCCAGGGAAGCCCCAGACCACUUCAAGACCACCUCCACCCUCAUUGGGUCCGUCAGUGAUCCAUCCUCAUCAAACAGCCGUACAUAUGGGGUCCCAUCUGUGCGCUCCGACCUUCCAGCUCCACGCUUAAAGAGAGUCAGUGACACUAACAAUUACGGUGAUACAUCCACGGCUGCAAAUCUUCUGCAUCCACCAGUUCACGCCCUCUGGGGUGUUCACGAGGAGCACUUCCUAUGUCCUCGCACCAAGAAGGAGAUUGCAGAGAUCUUCAAGAAUGUGGGCGUGAAUAUGUCUGAGGAGACGUUCGAGGAGGUCUGGAAGCUGGCGUCCAUGAAGCAUCCGGACGGGGAGGUUUGUGUCGAUGUUUUCCGUAACGCACUCAAGGAAAUAAAAGCUAUGUAA